GUCCCCUCCCGAACUCCUGGGUCCCUGGGGGAGAGAGUGGGGCGGGGGGGAAACAGAGCCGGGGGAGCCGGGACGCCUGGGUCCCCUUUGCGGGGUGGGGCGGCUCCCGGACGCCUGGGUCCCCUCCCGGACGCGUGGGGUCCAUCGAGCAGGCGGGGGGGUGAGGCGGAGGGGGGGGGGCGGGGCGGAGCCCGAACACCUGGAUCUCUGCGCGGGGGCGGGGGGGUAAGGCUGGGUCCCCUCCCCGAACUCCUGGGUUCCCUCCCCGAACGCCUGGGUCCCCUCCCCGGACGCGACUCCGGCGCCGCUUUCGCUUUCGGCGGCGGUUCCGGGGGGGGGUCCCGGGGGGGUCCCCGCUUUCCUCCUUCCCCCCCCCCCCGGUCCCACCAUGGACCCCGCCCCCCCCCGCCUCCUCUCUGGUUUCGCUGCUGCUGGUGCUGAGCGCGCCCCGCCCCGCCGCCUGCUGCUCGUUCCAGUUCAGCCCCCGUCAGCAAGCACCUUCCGCGCGCACGUGGACGCGCUGGUUCCGUGGCUGCUCCAGGAUUACCCGGUGCAGAUGCCCAGCAACCUGGAGCAGGACGUGUCAUGCGGGGACCUGUGGGGGCUGCACUUCGGGCUGCGGGCGCUGCAGCACAUGGGGGGGGGUGGCGGGGGGGUCCCUGGCCCCCCGGGUUCAGCGCUUGGUCGCCCAGCUGAGCUUCGUCACACACUGUCACAUACAGGACCCCCAGGGCUGCGUGCGGCUGCGCCCGGUGAACGUGUCGCGGGUGCUGGAGACGCUGGUGCAGCAGCUGGGGGGGGCUGCGCCACCGACCCCCCCACUUCCCCACCUGCGCCCGCCUGCGCUGCCACACAGCCCCCCCUGCGAGCGCCCCUCCCCCCCCCCAGCGUUUGGGGGCUCCCGCCCCCCCCUCACCCCCCCCCCACGGGCUGCUCCUGCUGGGGGGGGUCGGGGGGGGCCUGGGGGUCCUGGCGGCCGCGUGGGGCCUGAGGAGGCGCCUGCGAGCGCAGGCUGGCUGAGCUGCCACAGGAUCGGGCCCCCCGGGGACAUAAACGUGUCAUUGAGACAUUGAGA